AUGUUUGGAGCAUUAUUAGUGAUUAUGUUACAUGAAUUUUUUCAUGUUUUACGUUGUACAACAAUAGAACAUGCAUUCAAUCCAUUUUAUGAACGAACACCACCUCGAAAAAUUCCAUCACGUCACAAUAUAGAAAUGGCUGAAGGUGGUAAACAAUUAGAAGAUUGUUUAUUUGGUAUUGUAUGCGAAAGUGUUGGUUAUCUCGAUGGAGAAUUUUUAUUAAAUUCUCAAAAUUGGAUUAAUCAUGAUCAUGAAGAAUUUAAAGAAAAAUUUAAUGAUGCAAGAACACGUGAUUUACAAGAAAAUAAAAAACAUAAUCGAUGGAUUAUACCAUGUAAAUCUCAUAUAAUUCAUGAUGAUACGGAAACGCACGUUCCAACAACAACAACAACAACAUCUUCAAAACGAUGGACAAUACCUCGAUGUGCAUUGUCAACACCGUUCUCUCGCAUUGAACAAUAG